AUGAACACAGGACAUGUCCUUCUACAUCGAAACUCAGACGAUGUGGCUGGAAAUGAUACGAAACUUGAUGUCACCAUCUACAAUGGCAGAACGAACCAGCUCUACGCCUACGUGACCGCCUUGGAUCCUGACAACGGGGCCUACUACGUCUUAUACAAUGGCAGUGACAGCUCUUUCUUUUGGAAGGUCAAGCCGGACGGAAACACCUCUGUCCCUUACUACUACACCCUGGAGGACACCAACUACGAGAUCCAACUUCCCCCGGGCGAGAACACGUCUCUCUUCCUACCAAGUUACGCUGCCAGUGGUCGCAUUUACGUCGCCGAAGAGCAACUUGCGUUUGGCACGGUAGGGGGCGGACCGAACUCGGGAUUUGUACAACCAUCCGUCUCGAAUCCCGGUCUUUCAGAAUACAACAUCUCCUUCUCAUUCAUGGAGUUCACAUAUCUCGAGGGCAAUUUCUAUGCGGAUAUUUCUAGCGUGGAUUCUGUAUCCGUUCCUUUGGGUAUACGAGUGGUCUCAGAGACAGGACUUACCACCACUGUCUACGGGCUCAUUCCAAAUGCGACAGAGUCAGUCUGUGAGGGCUUAGAAAAGCAGACUCUGAAUGACCAAUACAACUGGUCAAAACUUUGUGUUCGUGCUGGUGACAAGCUGAUCCGCGUCUUAUCGCCCAGCCAGUACCUCGCCAUGAACCCAACCGACAACUUGUCCACAUAUUACGAUGUUUACAUUGAAGAAGUCUGGGAGACCUUCACAACGGUGGACCUAAGGAUCGACACCCAGGACAGUAGCUCUUCCGACCCAGACGGGUUGAGCGUCGAAAACAGCACGGUGGUCACCUGCAACAUUAGUGCCGACGAACAGCUUGUAUGCCGUCGAGGUAACAAUGACUACAUCUUUGGCAAACCAACCACUGUUCAAGUCUUUGGAUGUACACAAGAGUUGGGCAGUCCCUUUCAUGUCAACGGAAGUAAUAUCGACCGGACCCAGGCCGAGAUUGUACCUCGACUAUGCGCCGCGUUCCAACGAAGCACGCUCCUUAUCUUCCACGGCCAACUCCAGCCCAAUGCAAACGUUACCGCCGAGCAAUACUACAAAGUCAAACAUACCAACCAUUAUGCCAGGCUCGUACACGAAAACCAGUAUGGUGGUAUGGGAUACGCAUUCCCGUAUGAUGAUACCAACCCAACCGGCUCAGACCUCGACAACGCGACAGCGAAUGCUGCAGGAGUGAUCAGAGACUCCAAUCCAAAGCUUCUAUAUCUAGUGGUGGGCAAAUAG